AUGAAGUUGAGGAGCAAAAGUCUGGGUUCCUCAACUUUAAUAACCCUCAUUUCUUUAAUAGAGGAGUGGUUCCUCCUUAUUAGUAAUCAAAACCUUAUAGGUAAUGUCUUGAACUCUACAAUUAGAGUUCAAGUGGUUUUUAUCUUAUAG